UGCUAACACAGCGCAUCACACAGAGAAAUAAAAAUGAAUUAUUCGGAUUACGACUCGGACGGCUAUUCCUCAAAUGAAGAUAAAGACUAUGUCCCUUCUGAUGAUAAUCUGAGCGAGGAUGACAUGAAUGAAUGUGAAAAGGAGGACGCACUGGAAGGGGAGGAUAAUGAUGCGCAGCAGUCAGAGCAUGUGAAGAAGAAAAAGAAGAAAACUAAAGCAAACAUCCCUAUGAGGAAAAGGAAAAAAGGAGGCCUCAAACUAGAAGAAGAUGCUGAGGGUUGUUCAGCAGACCAACAGAAAGGUGAAGAUGGGCCAAAAGAAGAUCAUUUUGUAACGGAGUCAAAAGAGGACAAUGAAGAGAAACAGAAGAAGAAAGCAGAUGAUAUUUGGGCUAGUUUUUUGAGUGAUGUUGGCUCUCAACCCAAAGGAGCAGCUGCAAGUACGGGCUCUCAGCAGUCCACAUCUACAACUGGCAUAGAUAAGCCCAGUAAACCCCCUACAGUGUCUCAGCAGCAGGAGGACAAACCAAAAGAAUCCUCCAAAAUCACAAUUACCAAGGUGUUUGAUUUCGCAGGAGAAGAAGUUCGGGUCACCAAAGAGGUGGACUCAGACUCACGAGAGGCCAAGAGUUUUCUGAAGGAGGAGGAGAAGGUACUGAAGGAGAAAGAAGAGUCCUCUGAGCCACAGCCAUCCGUACCGCUCUCCUCUGGAUCCAGUGCGAAGAGGCCAGUGGGCAUGGGGAGCAUCCUGAAUCGCAUCGGAGCCAAAAAGCAGAAGAUGAGCACUUUGGAGAAGUCUAAGAUGGACUGGGAUGCCUUUAAAACAGAGGAGGGCAUUUCAGACGAGCUGGCAAUCCAUAAUCGAGGCAAAGAAGGGUACGUGGAGCGAAAGCACUUCCUAGAGCGAGUGGACCACCGGCAGUUUGAGUUGGAGAAGAGUGUGCGUCUGAGCAACAUGAAACGGUGACACGAGGAGAGAGCAGAUACAUUCACUGAUCAAAACACAGACUGUCUCAUAUUCACACACACCCUGCAUACACUCUCAGUUGUCUUUGUCAUAUAGGUGGAAUGGCCUGUAGCCCCCCCCCAAAACAAAAACUGGUCUGCCUUCACAAUCUGAAUGUACAGCUCCCAUAUUGUCUUUUCCUACUUCCGCUCUUCCUUUGUCCAAUAUUGCAUGUCCACGUUUAUCAGGGCUUCUUUAGUAUGAAAGAGGAACAGCUCAAGAUGUUUUUCUUCUCAAGGAAUUCCUCAAAAACCUCAUUUUAUAAUUCAUUGAGGUACAUCCUAACCAUUCAGUAAGAGUGACAUUAAUGGGAAAGAAAACCUCAUUAAGAUGCACAGAUUAAACUGACUUCUUUGUUCUGACAGUGAGGAUUUUUUGUAAAUGUAAACGCCCUAUAGUGAUGCUGUUUACACACAGGCAUUUAGGUAUAUUCUUUUAUUUGAUGUUAAAAUGAAAGUGCAGUUGUUUUUGUUUUUCCCAUGCGUACUUACUACUGUCUUAAGAAUUUAUUUUGUUAAGAGUGGUUGUAUGGUAAUUACCCCGCCGUCAUUUUAAUCGUGUUUCACUGACAGAAAUAAAUCAUGUCAUUGAGUUUGGACACUUUCUUUUUAAA